AUGUUAGUUCCCGAAGCGGGUGUUGCUGGCGGUAACGAAAUUCUUAUUAAAGUUAUUAGUCCAGAGGGUGUAACUUUUAUCGCGUACUUUUCCGAAGAGACUCUUAUUGAAGAAGUCAAAAACAGGGCUAUUAACUACUUCUACCCAUCAGGAGAAACAGGUUCCAGUCGAUACAAAAUUAUCAGAGUCUGUGACACUUCAACGCUCCAUGAUUUCCUGACUAUAUCUCAAGAACAAGUUAAUAUGCAAGAGGAAUUAUUGCUAGUCGAAAGAAGACUCCCAGAAGCUGGCACUUUAUGGGAUUUAGGACAGGUCAGGGCUCCUCACCAUGCCACGAUAGCAGCAGCUACUGCAUCUUUACCAACCCCGCAGAAUCCCAUUCGACAACCAAACCUUCAGUCGUUACUUUCUACCAACGAACUAUCCUAUGAGUUGCGCAAGAUUCUUAUAUCUUUGAUAGAAGCUGGUGCUCGUCUUGCAGCAUCUGGAAGAAACUAUGAGAUGACUUUAGCUCAACUAUCAGCUGCUUUAGAAGAGCCUCGAAAAACGCAACCAUCGGUAAUUCAAGUUAUCACUCCGGAAGAACUUGCAGCUAGAAUGGCUGCAGAAAUGCAAAAUACGGGUGAAGAGCCCUCAGUCGCUAACAAAAAUGAGGGUGAUGAAGUGUAUCGUAGAGCUGAACACCUUCGAAGGUUUCUGGAGAAAUUUCGUGCAUGGAGAAUAAAGAUUGCUGACCCACCGAAUGCAGAAGCAAUAGAAGCUUUAAAAGAUUUAGGGUUUUCGAAUGAAGAUGCUGAUAUGGCAUUGAGAAACACCGGUUGCAACGUGCCAGCGGCGGCCUCUUAUUUAAUUGGAGAACGAGGGUCAAGUAUAUUUGAACUCGUUAAUGGAUUGCCAGACGGGAAAGUCCCAAAUUUGUACUGGUCUGGAGGAGAUGUAACCCAUAACACUGGCUUCGGGUGUUAUGCACAGAAGGGCCGGACUGAGCCCAUUGGUGCUGAGAACUAUCAUUUUCCUCACUCCAUGCCUGGUCUAUUGUCAAUGCGAGUGACGCGGGACGACGAAGUGUGCGGUAUUUUCAACAUCACGUUCAAACCAUUGCCUCAGUUUGAUCUACACAACGUUGUAAUUGGCAGGAUUAUUCGACCAUCCGCUACGUAUGACACGGUGCGAGAACUCGGCAACCCUCUGAGUUCCCACCCCGUCAUCCAGGUGCGGUCUACUCGACGGCUGCUAAAUGGAAGAUGGGUGACCGGUGAACCUAACACUCGCCUGUCUACAAUAACGAAGAACAGCGCUAGAAAAUGGCUGAUUUGCGACCGAUAG